CUCAGAAAUUGGAAAGGUUUAUGCUUCAAAAAAAUCGGGUGGAGAGGAAACUUCUUUUCAAUUAUUACAUAAUAUCAAUUUUGAUAAAAAUAGUAUCUUAAAUAUUCUUUCUACUGUACCAUUAUCAAAUGACCGCAAAAAAUAUUUAUAUACAAAAAUUCGUCAGCACGUUGAUGACCCAUAUAAAGAUGUUCUUUGUCCACAACCUUAA